AUGCCUAGUUCUACUGGCUAUGAGCCUUUACCUCAAAGUGGUGACGAGGAGACGUAUAUUGAAGGCCAGGAGUCCUUUGCCAAGCCAGCUCCACAUGAAUCGCGUCGUCCUCACCGUCCGGGGCACAUUGAUUUAAGCAAAUUGGAUAGUGCCUUCAAAAGAUGGACGGAAUCCAUUGCCCAGAAGGUAAAGAGGAAGAAGAAAGUGGAGGACUAUUCGCGCAAAGAGAUAUGGCAGAGUGUUUUCGAACCGCAUGCGAUAGUUAUAUCCACUAGCGACCGCCCCGUCAAGACAUUGGAUCACAAGCCUCCCAUGACACAGGCAGUCUUUGACAACCUGGCACAGUCCGUUCGAAAUGCUAUUGCUGCUGGCAUACAUCCAAAAAUGAUCGUUAAAGGGUCAUCUGGAUCUUACUUUGCACGUGCUAAAGUCGAAGGCAGGGUGCAAACUGUAGCUGUAUUUAAACCCAAAGACGAAGAGCCUUACGGUCGACUGAAUCCCAAGACCACCAAAUGGAUACAUCGUCAAUUUCGGUGGAUUAUCCCAUUUGGCCGAAGCUGUCUCAUUCCUAAUCUGAGUUAUAUAUCCGAGGCUGCUGGUUCCUUAUUAGACGAACGACUAGAUUUAAAUAUUGUGCCUCGCACUCAACUCGUAUCCUUGUCAAGCCCAGCAUUUUUCUACGACUGGCUUGAUAGGAAUGCGGCGAAGAAAGGAAAACCUUUACCCGAGAAAAUAGGAAGCAUGCAGUACUUCCUGCAUGGUUACUCGGAUGCUUCCGACUUUCUUAGAAAGCACCCUUGGCCCGGAAGGUCCAUCGCCGAUACCUUCGACGACUCCACGCAUCGUAAGGGUUAUACUACGAAGAAACUUUUAGGCGCAUUCAAAAUCAUCUGUGGUAAGACCGGUGAAGAGGAUGAGCUGGAAGAAGACCCUGAGGAUGAAAGAGUCCUAUUUGAUGUUACGGAAGAUGGUGAAUCUGGUCGCCCUUUCUACUGGUCUCGAGCUCUGCAGCAAAGCUUCCGAGAAGAGUUGGAGAAGCUCGUCAUUCUGGAUUAUCUAAUGCUCAACACAGAUCGUGGUGCUGAUAAUUAUAUGAUCAAGUACUGUGAGGGUGACCACGAGAAAUCUCUUGUCGAUGUAGCACCAUCUCGUUCAGCUCAUCCUCAGAUGACAAUAUCGAGCCAGAUGCAGCGCACUCCGGCGCCUAGUACCUCCCAACUAGGACCAACUUCUAUCGAUCCCUUCUUACCUUCCGUGUCCCCGAGUAGCUCUUCACAACCCGAUCAUACUCGCCACCCCCAUAUCCACAUCGCUGCUAUAGACAACUCGUUGUCAUUCCCGCAUGAACACCCUCACGGGAGGCCGUUUAGUCAGCAGACACGAAAUCACUUCUUGCCAUUACUCACGUCGAAAAUAUGGUGGGAGGAAACGACAUUUCAGCUUCGAAAGCUCUUUGCUGUGGACCCGGAUUUCCACCCGAAGAUGUUCAGAAGACAAUUGGCAGUCAUUAAGGGUCAAGCCUAUAACAUAGUCGAAUCCUUGAAACAUGCAGACGAGGGACCUCUUGAGCUGACGCGAAGGACCAAAGCUCUUGUAUGGGACGAUGAAAUAGAGGUAAUGGAAGAAAUACCACGUCCUGCUGGUGUAGGGCCAUUAACUGCUUCUCCGCGACCAUCAAUCAGCACAAUGCCGCUGCCUCGUCGCGCUCGCAGUCAAAGCUACUCAAGCGAUUUCCCGCCUCCUGUUCGCCGGGGAUCGGCUGAAGCCUCACGACCUGUACCUUUCUCUGCCAAGUUCCAAAAGGUUCACCCCGGCACGACUGGUGUCACUGUCCUUGAACACCUCGAGCGUUUGGAUGCAGUUGAAGCUAGUUUGAAGCGUCUUGGCGUAGAAGAAACUCUGCACGAAGAGGAUGAAGAAGAAGUCGAUGUUGCAGACUCGUCUACACGCCCUUUGCUCCAGUCUGACACAUGUCUGGAACCCCCGACUGUUAAUGUGGAUUUAUCUUCGUCCCAAUUCUCACCACCCGGGAGCCCAGGGGGUUUAACGGCUGUUCCAGAGGAUCAAUCAUUAGCCAACUCGAUGACGGAAGAAGAUCUAACAGCAAUGUCCAAAUCAAUGUCUCACGUUGAUACACUAACGUCACCCCACCAUGCACGUUGGAUCAGUCACGGUGGUCGCUCCCACUUCCGGCAACAGCAAGAUCAAGGUCUUAAUUGGAUGAACUCUGAUGUUGAUGUUCCACAGAAGAAAACUGUCAUCGUAGAACAAUUCUUCGUCACUAGAUCGUAUACUCGACGCUGGAAUUAUGCAACCUCUAUUAUUCUUUUCUUCUGCGUGAUUACAUUCGGUGCUUUAUGUGCGCUGAACGUGUUUCUUGUGGGAUAUGAUGUUGUGACCGAGGUGUCGUCCAAUUACAUCGCCAGCCAGAAAUUACCUUGGACUUUAUCGUGGAACUCCACUGCUUCAGGAUGUCAAGAGCACUCCUUUCAGCUCGGAGAUACUAUUCGCACAAAUAUUUCUGCAUUCCCCUACUCCAUUUUCGACAUCAAUUCAACCGGCUCACAGGGCGACUUUUUGUAUGCCAAUAAUCGCCUUGAUGCGUGUGAUGUCUCCACUAUCCAAAUUAUAGUUGCCCCUGGAGAUCGAUCUGUCUCAGCUCAGGCUUCUGUCAAUUGUUCGCAAUUGGGGUUUCAGGCCAGUACUUCAUGGUCAUAUACCAAUCACCCUAUAGUUGGUUCAGUAUCUUCAUCCGUUUUCUCUGAAAAUAGUUUAGCGCGUGCUAUUCUAGACACCAUGAACGGUUUUGGGGACGACGCCUACGGCCCCAUAUUUAACACCCAAUACGUUGUGGUCAACGGAUCGUCCCCCAAUCAGCUUUACAAAGUGACAGUCCAAUUCGAGCCCCAGUGCACCAGUUCUGACUGCGAUCACGAGUCUCCAAAUAUCACUAUCGCCUGGUAUAAUGGCAUUUUACAAUCGAGUCUCGCUAUCGUUGCAAAUACAAACAAUUAUGCUGAAGUUGUUCAGGCCAGCACCGAUACGCUUCAGAAUCUUGCGCAAGUAUUCUAUGCAACCGUACGCAUGGAUAUAGGACAUUGGACCCCUAAUAAUAUCCUUACCAACGUCACAUCUUUCAACCAUUCCAUCUCCUCUAACGCGCCGUACGCCGAAAGUGCUCUCGUAGCGUCUGUACCCCUCGCGUACGUCAAUAUGACAUCCGUUCCCUCCGCAGACACGGCGACACCACCUGCUGUCAUCCAAACCCAAUAUAUCUGCAGCACCAGCAAGUUGAAGACACCAGGAAGUCUUUUUAUGAGCGUUGCUUCGGCAACUCUGUCAAUAUUUUUUGCUUUGCACAUAGAUGAUUUCAAAGAGUCUGAUACCCAUUUCUAG